ACAGUCUUAGUUGGAGAGAACAGCUUGUUAGUGGGAGGUAACCUAAAUAGUGCCCCCGUCUGAACUUAUCAAUUAAUUGUCUGUCCAUGCUAUGUGCUAUUAUUUUAGGUUUAAAAUGAUGAGCGCACCGGGGCACUUGGAAACGCACCGACGGAUGCCGCCUGCAUGCGCGCGUUGGAACGGAGUAAUUUGGGACGACAACUGAAGCUCAGCACUCCGCAGUCCAGAGAAGCGAAGGCAACUGGACAGUCAGCACCUUGUGGAUAAGAACCGCUGAAAAUCUGUCAUAUCAUGGCGAUACUCGAUAAGAAAUACGUGGAGAGAGGGCGCAGAAGUCAUGACUGCCUUUAGUGAACUGUAACUCCCCUCCAGAUAGGGCGAGAUCAAGGCUCGGAGCGGAAACCGUGUUAGAAUUUAGGGGUUGGUGAACAGCGAGGGCUCUUUUCCACUUGAAGCCUGAAUCUCACCGAGGCUCUAAAGGUUUGUGGAACAUACCCGCGGGAUUUCUUUGCUUUCUUUGCAUCCCAGAUUAAAACGUUUUCCUCUCAAAUAUGGAGAGAGGAGCAACCUAAAAAGAGAGAUUACCUUCACAGGCGCCAACUUUUUCACUUCUUGGUGUUUAGGAUAAUUCAUUCACAAUACUGCGGGACUGCUUUCAUCCAUAUAAUCAAGAGGGGGAAAACAAAUAAAUAAAAAAUAAGCAUCUUGAAAUCCGCACUGGGUUGUGCGGUGAAAUUUAAACGGGCUUGGUGAGUAAGAAAUAACCUUACGGGGACUUGGUGAAAACUUGAAUUUCAAAUGUAAACGAGCAGGACGUUAAAUGCAACCCCACCUCUGCCUAUCGGUGUAUGGAUAAUGGUCUGUCUUAGGGUCUAAAUGACAAGCAUUUCGGGAUGCAGCUCAUUCAUCCAGGCAUUUUAUGCAUGAGGUCCUCCGUGCGCUCCUUGUUUUGGAAAGGUCACUUUUUUAUUUUUAUUUUUUAGAUCGAAAAGAAAAUAACUGCGCUACUUUUUUUGACCUGACUCAUCAUUUGGAAAAAAAAAAACCUGGAACCAAACUGGGCAUCGCUUUGCUUCGGGAGAGUAGUUUCAACAAUGGCACUUGUGGGUGUCUCUGUGUGAUGUGCGUCCUGAAAGAAGAGGAAAUAUCUCCGGCAUUAUAGGCUAUGAUCACUGCGAUUGAUGCCAUCUGGACUAAUGUGUGGAUUACAUACCACGUCUUUUGAGAGUGGGAACACAAUGAGUCUGAGAAGAAAGUGACACCACGGAUCCAGUAAAAUCGCUCGAGAGUUGCGGAUUUUUUCUCUCAUUUUUUCUCCCUUUUAUUUCGAUGCUGUUUUUGGGGAGGGGGCAGAAGAGGGACCAUUCUCCGCCCUAAAGCAAAGAUCCUCCGGACCUUGCGUCUACGUGAAUAAGGCCAGCAUGAUGGACUGGAAAUUAACAUGAGGAUCACUAGAAUGUAAAGGAACUGAGACUGUUUGGCAGGGGGCCCAAAUCCUCUUAAAAAAGUGUGGAAUACCAGUCAAUGAAUUAUGAAUGUUCAACAAGAUGACCUCCUCUCAGCAGCAGCAGAUGAUGCGAGGUCCUAGGUGGAACCGCGCCUUGUCCGACCCUUUAUUUUUGCUGCUCCUGGCCCUCCAGCUGUUGGCGGUGGCGGGACUGGUGCGUGCCCAGACGUGUCCUUCUGUGUGCUCCUGUAGUAAUCAGUUUAGCAAAGUUAGCUGCACCCGCAGAGGCCUGCGAGAUGUUCCUGAUGGCAUCUCUACCAACACACGCUACCUGAAUCUGCAAGAAAAUUUCAUUCAGGUCAUUAAGGUGGACAGCUUCAAGCACCUAAGACAUUUGGAGAUUCUGCAGUUAAGCAAAAACCACAUACGCAAAAUUGAGCUUGGGGCCUUCAAUGGACUGGCCAGCCUCAAUACCUUGGAGCUUUUUGAUAACCGUCUCACCACCAUCCCAAAUGGGGCAUUUGAAUACCUGUCUAAACUGAAGGAGCUUUGGCUUAGGAAUAACCCAGUAGAGAGCAUUCCCUCCUAUGCUUUUAACAGAGUUCCUUCAUUACGGAGGUUGGACCUUGGGGAGCUCAAACGGCUCUCCUACAUAUCAGAGGGAGCCUUUGAAGGGCUGAGCAAUCUGCGCUACCUAAAUUUGGGAAUGUGCAAUCUCAAGGAGAUUCCCAAUCUUAUUCCCUUGGUAAAGCUGGAUGAACUUGAGAUGUCUGGAAACCAGCUAUCUGUUAUCCGUCCUGGUUCAUUUAAAGGGCUUAUCCACCUGCAAAAGCUUUGGAUGAUGCAUGCCCAGAUACAGACCAUAGAAAGAAACGCUUUUGAUGACCUGCAGUCACUCGUGGAGCUUAAUCUAGCCCACAAUAACCUCACUCUUUUGCCCCAUGAUCUCUUCACUUCUUUACAUCACCUGGAGAGGGUGCACUUGCACCAUAACCCAUGGAAUUGCAACUGUGACAUCCUCUGGCUAAGCUGGUGGCUUAAGGAGAUGGUACAAGCGAAUACCAGCUGCUGUGCCCGCUGCAGCUCACCAUCCCAACAUAGGGGACGAUACAUUGGCGAGCUGGACCAGAAUUACUUUCACUGUUAUGCUCCCGUUAUUGUGGAGCCUCCUACAGAUCUAAAUGUGACAGAGGGAAGUGCUGCAGAGUUGAAAUGCAGGGCCAGCGCUUUGACCUCAGUAAGCUGGAUUACACCCAAUGGUUCCAUUAUGACACACGGUGCAUACAAGGUCAGAAUCUCUGUGCUGAAUGAUGGUACACUGAACUUCACCAACGUUACCAUGCAGGACACAGGCACAUAUACAUGUAUGGUCAGUAAUUCUGCUGGUAACACAACGGCAUCUGCCACCCUCAAUGUGUCCUCUACGGAGAACAGCAGUUUCAGCUACUUCACCACAGUGACAGUGGAGACAAUAGAAACACCCCAUAAUGAAGGCUUCACCACUACUGUUCAACAGAAGGUGGGCCCAACACCCUCUGCUGGAUCAUGGGAGACUCUUUCACCCACCUCUACAACAACCACUACAGUAAGAACACCGCUGUCCACACGCAUCACUGAGAAGACUUACACGAUCCCUGUCACAGAGGGGGAUUUGAACGGCUUGGAUGAGGUAAUGAAGACAACCAAGAUCAUCAUUGGCUGCUUUGUUGCAAUUACUCUCAUGGCAGCUGUUAUGCUGAUAAUCUUCUACAAAAUGCGCAAACAGCACCACCAGCAGAACCAUCAUGCACCCACACGCACCAUUGAGAUCAUUAAUGUGGAUGAGGACUGCGUCACAGGAGGUCCCGGUAUGGAGGGCCACCUGACUCUGCCACCUCUUGAGCACGAGCACCUCAACCACUAUAACACCUACAAGACUGCGUACAACCACACCUCCACUAUCAAUUCCAUACACAGCUCAGCGCACGAACCUUUGUUAAUCCGGGCCAGCUCAAAAGACAAUGUACAAGAGACCCAAAUCUAAUACUUUUGUGAGACAUUAUAAAACUGCUGGAAUUACAUAGCGGCAUUAUUGACAGGACAGUACUGACAAUUAGUCGUUAAGGCUGAAGCUCAAACAUGGAAGAACAGACUUGUGUUUGGCAAAUCGUGGGCUGGUGACGUUAAUUAUAUGACUUUGGGAAUUAGAGUAUGUCUACUGUUUCAAAAAGUGUCUUUACAGAACAGAAGUUAUUUAUUUAAGAAAAAUAUUGUGGUUGAAUCAAGAAAAAAUUGAAUUCUGCUAUUGUGUUUUAUCACGUAAUUCAUGUCUUGUUUUACUUUUUUAGAUUUUUUUUCUUCCUCCCACUUUAAAAGAUUGGUAUACUAAUAUGCUUUCAAGCUUUUAGAAAACAUCUGUUGAAGAAAAAGCAAAUUAUUGUUCCUUUUGAGUUGUUCUCUUACUAAAACUACAGAUUUUGGAUCAAAAGAGCAACCUCAUUUCACUCAUGUAUCAGUCAAACCUAGAGCACAUUAGAGAUUUUUCUCCAGCUGUGGAUAAAGUGAUGAAAUCUUGUUUGACCAUCUUGAACUGAAAUGAAUAAAUCCCUUGUAUCUCAUUUUGCACUGUGUGACAAAACGAAAGUGUCAGUAAUGAAAUUUGACCAUAAUGCAUUGUUUAAUUAUAACUGUCACAUACAUUAGACACUCUCUGCUCUGUCAUCAUCAGGCUAAGGAUCUUACUGUGCAAGAGGGGAAUACGUCCUGCUUUUGACUACUGCUGAAGCAGAGGCCACUACUACCUUUUUUUUUAAAGUCUAUUGAUCUGUAUGUAUUUCUGUUAUUAAUAUUCAUGCUGAAUAGAAUUUUGUCCUCAGUCUCAAAUGUGUCUUGACUUACGUCCCCUGGCUUCUCAGAGACAUCCACUUAUUGUUAUAGAAAAUAUAGUAUUGAUUACACUGAGAUUCUGAAAGUCAAAGCAGCAUUAAUGAGUACUUCAGAAACAUCAAAGUAAUUGAAAAGGAUGGGCGUAAUGUCUGGGUUGAUGUGACUGGUCUUCAAUUCUGGCAGAAGCUCUUUUCCUCCAGAUGUUUCCAGUGUAUUUUGACUCUCUAUUCUAUACUGAUGCAUAUGAAGAUAAUUUAUUGGAAGCCAACAUUUUCAUACUAAAACCCAAAUGACCCAUACACCUUUCUGCAGACCUGCUCUCAGAAUUAGUCUGAAGAACUGAAACACAGAGAUUAAGUCCUUUAUACAGCUGCCUGAACACAUUGCCUGUCAUCUGUGUACCACAUUUCCACAUGGGGCAUCCCCAUGUGGAUGCCAGAUUCAUACCCUGCCCCUGCCAACCGUAGGACUUGGCUCUGAGUGGACAGGCUUGUGCUUCAAGAGGCUUUAGAGUCAUGUUGAAUGUGAGAGAUCGGGCAUCAACCAGAUGUUUGAGCUGCACCUGACUCUUUCCUGUUCCCUUAGCGACAACACAAUUUACAUUUUAAUUGAUGUGCCCAUGGGCUUUGGAUGGACACAGCUCUGCAGGCAUCCACAUCAUGGAAGCUCUUUCAAAGUUCUCACUGUGAAAGAUGGUGCCGGGUACCAUAAACACAGUGGUUGGAUAGACAUUUGGCAGAUGGUCCUUGGUUUAAUUUUAGCAGUUUCUGCUCAAAAUAUUUAAAAGGGCCAGCCAGUGCUUCCAUUUUUUUUUUUUUUUUUUUUUUUUGUCAGUGUUUUUCCUACAUUUAAACAACAUAGCAUCUGUGGAUAAAAAGUGACAUCUGCUAACCUGAAAGCUGUUAUUCCAAAAACUUCUGUGAUGUUAAGAUCAUCAAAUAUUCUUUCUGUAGGCAUCAAAGAUAAUUUUAAAAAAAGAUUCAAACUGGUCCUGAAUUUCUAAGUUUGGCUGACUCCCACGACAAAAUUAAUUGGACAAUUCUCAAUAAAUCAAACAACACCUACUGCUUAAAUCAGCUGCUCUGUGGUCCGUCUAUGAGCUCAUCUUGCUUCAGUCAUGUAUUUUACCCAAAUAUAGCUGAAAACAUUGCUUUUAUUUUGAUCCUCACGUACUGCACUGCUGAGCUUAGAAGCUGCAAUAUUUUUCUGUUUGUCCAUGUUUCUGAACUUGCUUUCUGCUCCUUUACUGGUCAAAAUAGCACUAAAAAAAGGGGGGAAAAAAGAUCAAAAUACAACAAUAUUACUUUUACAAAAGUUCAUUAUCACAUAAAUUAGUAUAAAGAUUUCUUAAAGGCAGAUGUUAAAGCAUACAAACCUUUUUAAAAAUGACACAGAAUGACCCCCCCCCCCAAUAAUUAAUAUUCAUAAUCUGUUGUGUAGACACACUGCAGGAAAAUUCCCUGUCAUACAAUGCCCUGUAUGGAGGACUUUAACUGACAAAAGUCUGACAAAAAAUGCAUAACUUCAAUACUUUUCUUUGCAUUUUUGUUCCUUUAUCAGACUAAAAAAAGAAA